CAACAUACUUGAUUCGAACCGUUCAACAACCGCAGCCGCCAUCGCUUUCACAUACCCAAACAUACACUCGUGAAUACAUAUCAUACCCAAUCAUGCACUCGCCAAUCCCACACAAACUCGACGACAAGCAUUCCGGCUCUCCGUCUUCCCCUUCAUCCAAACGAUCCGCCUUUCGCCCGAUCAGCAAGAUGGUCUCCAAGGUCAACCACGAGUUUCUCUCGCGAGACCCCUUUGCCGAGUCUUCAACUUCGUCUUCGGGGAAAGAUAGACCUAUCCAUGUGAUGACUCCGGCCAAGAGCAAAUUGGGCGGAUUCUUUGGAGGUAGCAAUGCAAACGGAAACGCUACCCCGUCGUCGUCCUCCCGACUGAGGAGGCCUAGUACGACCGCAUCAGACGUUAGCAGUCUAGCUUCGGGAUCCAAUACAAACACGAGUUCGUAUAACGACUCAAUGGGGCCGCCUCCUGUUCCCGCGCCGAUGCCCAAGAUCAGAGCGGGGAUGACACCGGAAGCGAGGACCCGUCAUAUGCCUCUGCCCAAACCUGCUCGGAGAGAAGCUUUGGGCUCGGCGAGCAAUCCGCAAAAUCAGAACCAGGGGGAUGUAAGACCUACGACGAUGAGGCUAGUAAGAACCGCUCAGGAUGAUGAGGAGGGAGAUGGGUUGGACGUCCCGAUGUUAUCUGCCUUGGGAACUAGGCGGAUGGAGGAAGAUCAUGUGGAUAUGGGCAUGGAGGAGUUGCAAGCCGGGCUGGAGGACGUCUCUUUGGAUGCGUGGGACGCGUCUAGAGGACAGGAUGAGACGGUGCUCGUCACUAUCAGGAUCCGGCCGAUCUCGAAUCCUUCAGAUAGUAACGCCUGGUCCACGUUGAUGGACGCUGGAAGCUCCAGACCAAGGACAAUCAGACUGGCCGAUGGAUCUCGGAGGGAUUGGCACUUUGACCAGAUCCUUCCCACAACCGCCUCGAACGCAGAGACUUACCUCACCUCGGCGUUACCGCACGUCCGAUCUGCCAUGUUGGGGUACAACUCGCUAUGCUUCGCUUACGGUCAAACCGGAUCGGGCAAGUCUCAUACGAUGUCCGGGACAUCUCAAUCGCCCGGAGUGGUUCCCCUCGCUGUGGAAGAGAUCUUCCGAAUCAUCAAGCGGGAGACGACGAGGGAGUGGGUCUUGCGUGCUUCUUACCUCGAGCUGUACAACGAGGCUCUCGGCGACUUGUUGGCGCCCGAGGGGAGCAAGGGCGAGGUCACGAUCUUGAACGGGAAGAAGGAGGGAGAGGUCAGGAUCAAUGGGUUGACAGAGAUGGUCGUCACCAAUGUGGGCGAGGUGAAGAAGGUUCUGAACAUCGGAGAGGGGAGGAGGAGGACAGGGUGUACCGAUUGGAACGAGCGAUCCUCGCGAUCUCAUAGUGUGUUCAGGAUUGUCAUCGAAUCGCGAGCCAAGGGAGGCCGGGAUGAUGACGUGCGGGGAAAGAACAAGGCUACCCGGAUCAGUACUCUUAGCUUGAUCGAUCUCGCUGGCUCCGAGCGGGCGACCGAUAACAAAGAGAGGAACGCCGAGGGGAAACACAUCAACCAGUCCCUGUUGACGCUCAAGAACGUCAUUUCGAAAUUGGCGGAACAGUCUGCGAAGAAGACUACUGGGCAUAUCCCCUAUCGUGAUUCCAAGCUUACACGACUCUUGCAAACAUCGCUCUCGGGUUCAGCCCGGAUUUCGGUCAUUUGCACGAUCAACCCCGCUCACUCGGCCGUAACGGAAUCACAAUCGACCUUGAACUUUGCAGCGGGAAUCAAGCGAGUCGUCUUGAACGCCAAGCAGACCGAGGUUGUCGAUCCCGCUGCCUUGAUCCAGCAGUAUCAGAACGAGAUUGCCGAGCUCAAGGCGAAACUGGCCGCGCGGGACGCUGAAGUGGCCGAGGUUGACAACGGGCCCAAGCGGACGACUAUGGCACAGCGCGAGGAGAGGGACCGGUUCCAGAACCGUCUGUCCGAGCUGAAACGCUUGAUCUUGGAUUCUUCAAGCGUGGCAGAAGACGAGGUUGUGGAACGUUCAGGACUGGCAAGACCGGCGAGUCCCUCGAAGAGCUCAAUCGAGUAUGACAAGUCGACCUACUCGCUGCAACAAGAGGCCCACGUCGCUCAGGCCAAGGUCGCGGAACAGCAAGCCGAAAUAGAAAAGCUUAAGCGGGAGCUUGCUCUCCGGCCGAAGGAUGUGGAUGGCCGUAUAGGCGAACUGCAACUGCAGGUCGAUCAGCUGACCGAAAUGACACACGAGUACGAGAAGAACCUCCUCGAACCCGCUCGCAAGCUUCGCGAAGACGUUGAGGCCGAGUGGUUGCCGAAGGUACAGGCCCUCGAAGCCCGAGCCAAGGAAAAAGAAAUCUUCUACAAGGCGCUAUACGACUCCGUCCACGGUCUCAAGAGCGAGAACAGCAAGCUCAAGGAGAAAAACGCACGUCUCGAAAGCGUUCAAAGCGAAUACGGGAAACUGUUGCACGACUUGGAAACGACCAUGAAUCAGGAGAACACAAUCCCUACGACGAACUCGGAGAGCUCGUGUUUCACCAAGAACCGCAACGUCUCUCUUGGAUCUGAUAUGGGCGUCUUGAGGCCCGUAUCCGAUAACCCGAGGAUACCGAGCGUCAGCAUGCAAUCCGUCAACAGGAACCUGGCUAUCGCCAAUGCGCAGAAGGGAUUCGGGAUGCGCUCGUUGAAGGAGGAUUCAAUGUUCGAUCUUGCCAAGGAGGUCGCAGAACUUGAUCGCGGCUUGUUGGACGAGACGUUCUAGGCAUGGACUUUACACGAUAAUACUGUAUCAACCACAUAAUGACAAAUGAGAGCUAUAUCGAACGUAAC